AUGAGCGGAAAUAAUGAGAACUAUAACGGUAUAAGAAAAGAAAAAACAAAUGAAUUAAGCAAUGAAAGCAUACUAAAUGAUGAAAACAUUAUAUCUAUAUGCAUAACAAAUGUAUUAAAGUCUUCACUUGAGAGAAAUUUAGAAAAUGAAGAUUUCUUAAAUAAAAAAAAUGAAGAAUUAACCAAUUUUAUUGAAAGCAAUGGUAAGGACAAUAUAUCAGUCAAUGAAGAAAAGGAUAAAUAUGGAACUGGUGAUGAUUUAGAAUUUGUUAAUGUAAUUAAUAAUAAACCCUUUUUAAAUAAUGAACAUAAAAUAAAAAAUUGGGGGGAAACAGCUAAUGAAGGCAAUAUUGUUUAUAACCCAUCUAUAAACAUUUUGGCAGAUAGAAAGAAAAAUAAUAAAAGAAAAAGAAAUUACUUAAAUAUUAAUAAGAUUAAUUUUGAUUUUGAAAAAGAAGACUUUGCAUGUAGUUCCAGCGAUGAAUUAAUUAGUCUUAAGUAUACAAGAGAAAACGAACUCGAAGGAGAAUAUGGGGAAGAAUUCGAAGGGGAAUAUGUAAAGUAUUACACAAAUGUGUGUACAAAAGAAAACAUAAAUAAUUAUCUCAUUAACAUGAACAAUGAAACAAUUAGAAGUCUGAUAGAACCACCACCAAUACCAUUUAAUGAGACUUUCCAAAAAUACAAUAAAGAAAUAAGUGAUAUAUUUAUGAAAUACAAGAAAAAUGAUGAUACUUUAAACAUAUAUUUAGCUUCUCAGCUUUUGUGUAUUGAAGAAAAUGCAUUCACAAAUGAAAAUAAUUUCAUAAGCAGCAAUUUUGAUCAGUUUAUUAUGAAAAAAUUAAAUGUUGUUAAUCCAACAAUUGACAACACUAUGAAUCAAAAUAAAGAUUUACAAGAACUGUUGAAGUACCUUAUGUCAUGGUAUUUCUCCGGUUAUUAUUCAGGAAAAAUGAGUGUUUUAAAAGAAUUACAUAAAUAG